AUGGAUGAGCGGGUCCUCCUGGCGCUUAAUGUAUCUUGGUCCCAAACGACAUACCAAUCAACCACUGUUCAAAACAGGAUUCCACAAUCUUUUCACCCUGCAAUUCCCUUUCAUUCAUAUUCACAUUUGCCUGCAGCUGCAGCACAUGGAAAACCAGUAUCAAGCAAACAGUCAAGUGAGGCAGUUAAUAAAUGCCAUUGUAUCCCCAACUCUAACCUCCUCUCAGGUCUACAUGCCUCCUCCUGUCCGCUGGAGAUUGAGCCGCCCAGAGUUGUGGUGCCUUAUGGGGGCUCUUUCUCAGUCCUCUGCCGUGCCCUCACUCCGAUGGUGGAAUUCAUCGCCGUGGAGGCCGCACAUGGUAAACAGGACCAAAAUCGAAUCCAAAAUGUUACCUGGUCUUUUGAACAGGUGGACGCCUGGGACAUUGUGGCAUCGUGCUUCGUUAACCUUUCACCCAGCAGCAAUUGCACUGAUGAACAGUGUUCUGAAGUCAUACCCGUCACUGUAUACAAAUACCCACAGAAUGUGACCAUCACAGACACUGAAGGCGGCACGAAUGCAGGCGACCUGGAUGAGGGAAUCCGGCGUGUGUUUCGCUGCGACGUCAACGAUGUGGCUCCUGCUGAAAACAUCAGUGUGACGUGGCUCAUAGGAAAUAGGACUGUGCUGUCCAAUCAUCAUUUGAAUGGCUCGAAGGACUUGAAUGACACGAAGAAACCCAGAGACGUGACGUCGCUCUUCUCCUAUGAACCCAGAAGAGAGGAUGAUGGACUCCACAUCAGGUGUCAAGUGAACUUUAACCUGGGACCCUCUGGACCCCAGAUACCUCAGACCUCCCAGCGGCUUCCACUUAGAAUUAGAUAUCCUCCAGAAAAGAUCACUCAGCUGGAAGACACUGAACUGGAAGUUGGUUCGUCGAGCACACUGAAGUGCUUCUCUGAUGCCUACCCAGCGCCGACAUAUCACUGGGAUUACUACAAGACUGGAAACGUACAAGUGAUGGAUGUACCUGGGGGUUCCCAUCUGCACAUUAACAAGACCACCGAUGUCAACAUUGGCAACUACACCUGCAUCGUGGCCAAUGACCUGAAAAAUAUAUCUAAGAUGGCUAGAGUCACUGUUAAAGGUGCCAACUCCCAAUGCCCUAUUACAAUUACUCCGGAGAGAUUGGUGAUGCCAUAUGGAAACCAAAAAUCAGUGUUAUGCGAGAAUAGUAACGAAGAUCCAUCAAGAAAUGUGAUUGCCCUCAACUGGCAAGUCGAUCAUCACAUUGUUCCUGGCCCUCGGUUGUUCCUUGACAAAGUUCUAGUUUGGGAUCCGAGGGCCGAAUGUAUUGGAACCUUUUCCGGAAUCGGAAAGUGCAGUAAACCUUUUGAUGUAACAUUUUACAAAACAGCAGACAGUGUGUCGAUCCAUUCAAUAAACCACACAGGUCCUAUGUUAGCGGACGAAGAGUACCAGCUGCAGUGUGACAUCGUCAACGUUGCUCCUGUGCAAAACCUCACCGUGAGGUGGUACCAGGGCGAUGACCUCCUCAAGGACCAGGGCAGCCUUCGGGUGACCGGCUGCCCCCACCAGAACAAGGUGGAAUGUGACAACCAGGUGAUCAGGUCCCCUGUGAACGUGUCCUCCACCAUCACGGUCCGCUUGGGAAGGAAUCCGGAUGGAGCUCAGUUCAGGUGUGAGGCCCAGUUGGCCCUUGAAGAACAACCUCCUCCACCAACGAAUUCCAACGUUCUCAGCCUCAGUGUUCAUUACGAGCCUAUCAUUAACAGCACCAAACUACCGUUAAGAUUACAAGUCUUCAAGGGACACCCAACGGAGCUGGUGUGUGAGGCCGACGGCAGACCAGCACCAAACAUCCACUGGGUCUCAGAAAAAGGCGUCCGUGUAUCCGGUGGACACCUUAGAGUCACGGAAGCAGGAGUCUGGACCUGCAACGCCACUAAUGUGGUGGGUUCCAGCUCCCGUGCAGUGGAGGUCACUGUGCUGGUGAAAGAAACGGCAGACCAGGUGUUGAUCCAUCCCUUGGGACACACAGGUCCUAUGUUAGCGGACAAAGAGUACAAGCUACAGUGUGACAUUGUCAACGUUGCUCUUGUGCAAAAUCUCAUCGUAACGUGGUACCAGGGCGAUGACCUCCUCAAGGACCAGGGCAGCCUUCGGGUGACCGGCUGCCCCCACCAGAACAAGGUGGAAUGUGACAACCAGGUGAUCAGGUCCCCUGUGAACGCGUCCUCCACCAUCACGGUCCGCUUGGGAAGGAAUCCGGAUGGAGCUCAGUUCAGGUGUGAGGCGCAGUUGGCCCUUGAACAACAACCUCCUCCACCAAUGAUGUUCCACCUCCUCAACCUCAGCGUACACUACAAGCCUAUCAUUAACAAAAAACCAGAGUCAAAGGUUCCAGUCUUCAAGGGAUACCCAGUGGAGCUUGUGUGUGAGGCCGACGGCAGACCAGUAGCCGACAUCCACUGGUACUCAGCAAAAGGUAUCCAUGUAUCCGGUGGAAACCUUACAGCCACAGAAGCAGGCGUCUGGACCUGCAACGCCACUAAUGUGGUGGGUUACAACUACACAGAAGUGGAGGUGGUGAUGAAAGAGGACUAUCUGCCCCUCAUAGCCGGCUUUGUGGCCGCAACGGUUCUCAUAAUCUCGGCCGUCUUUAUUUUCUUCUACUCCAUCUACUACAAGAACACCAAGAUGCGCCACUACAGUCUCAAGAACCCCAAACCCAGCGCUCUGAACGGCAACGUAGCACACAACAGCUGGGACUCGCAGCUUCCUAUGACCAAGCUGUCCUAGCCUUAAUAGACACAGGUCUGUCCUAGCGUUGGUACAAGAUGUGUACCUCCCCGCAUUGAACCGCUCUGAAUGAUGUUCUCCUUCUGCCACUGGAGAUGUUAGUGGUUUUGAGUAACAGGUGCCACUUGUCAGCCACAACUGGCCGACGCUGGAUGUUGAUUUUAAACCCUGUCUCAGAAGCAUGCUUCCAGCAAGCUUCAUGAUGUAUUGUCUUAUAGGGGUCCCCCUCCAACUUUAGUUGAGUUUUAUGAAUACCACGAACAAAAGCCUCUUCUAAUCCAAGACAAUCGUGUAUACUACUGGAUCGUCGCGUUUCUCAAAGUAGUAAUGGGAAAUGAUCUCAAAGGGAAUAACUGAAGGAAAUCUUUAUUUUAUUAUGUUUUAUAUUUUAUUUUAUAUGAUUGUGAUAGUUGGUAGCUCCAAUCCACAACUCUCAAUAUUUCAAACGUUUGUUAUGAACAAUCAGAAGGUGUGUUUUUCUAAGAUUGCUGUUAGAUUAAACCAACAAAGAGUGCACUGUUCUAUUGCCUGCCAGCCUACUUCUCUGCUAAAGGGCAGCAAUGAAUCAUUGCAAAUAUGAUUCAUACCAGCGUCAUUAUUAUGGUUAAAAUUAGCCUAAGUUUCAGAGAACCAUGUUUCCAUCACUAUGCUAAGAAGCCAAACACUGUGCACUAUUGGUGGUCUAAGUGCCUGGUCCCUUUAUUCAAUGUGCUGUUCUUGACUUUUUGAACUUCUGAGUCCUGUUGUUGCCUGCAUAAUUGUCUGGUAUUGCAGGGCAUUCUGCUAAAAACCUUUUGUAUAUUUUUUUUAGGUUAUGUGAGUAUUUUUUAUUAAAUUGAUAUGAAAAAUAUAUGUAAAUGUUCUAUCAAUUGGAUUGCAAGCUAAGUAAUGUAAUUAGUCAGAUAAAUCAAGGGACCUUAUAUGUAUGUAAUUUAAAGAAACAGUCUAGUCUAUGCUAUAUACAGUAUAUUUUAUGAAUAAAGCAGUUGAAG